GAGAGAGAGAGAGAGAGAGAGAGAGAGAGAGAGAGAGAGAGGAGGUGGAGACACACACAUACCUAUACAAGUAUUCAGUAUUGAUAUACAGGCCUUUACGUUCAUACUGAAUAUAACUUUCAUUUUAGUCAGGAUUAUAAUCGCUCGAACUGCUGGGAUUCCGUUGGUCCAUUUUAGAGGCUUAUUUUCUUCGUUUCCUUUUCGGUCUUUUCUGGUUUCUGUUGGAUCUUUAGUGUCUGGCUAGCGAGCACAGCUAACCGCAGCUAGCCGGAUAUUUCCUCUUUCCUCGGCCUCGGGAGCCCAGUACACCCACAGAAUGGCAUUAAAACGAAUUCACAAGGAGCUGACCGAUCUGGGCCGGGACCCGCCAGCGCAGUGCUCAGCAGGGCCGGUUGGAGAUGACUUGUUUCACUGGCAAGCAACAAUUAUGGGACCUAAUGACAGUCCUUAUCAAGGCGGUGUGUUUUUCUUGACCAUUCAUUUUCCUACAGACUACCCUUUCAAACCACCUAAGGUUGCUUUCACCACAAGAAUUUAUCACCCAAAUAUUAACAGUAAUGGCAGCAUCUGUUUGGAUAUUCUAAGGUCACAGUGGUCUCCUGCGUUAACUAUCUCUAAAGUUCUAUUGUCCAUCUGCUCACUGUUAUGUGAUCCAAACCCAGAUGAUCCAUUAGUGCCAGAGAUAGCACGUAUCUAUAAAACAGACAAUGAAAAGUACAACAGAAUAGCUCGGGAAUGGACUCAAAAGUACGCCAUGUGAUACCCGAGGAACAUCAGACCAAUCUGCAGUUUAGCUGGAAAAAGAAUUGAACAACUUUUUUUUUCGUCCCCUCAAUGAAUCGACAGUUCCCCUUGUAUUCAGACAAUAUCAGUUCUGCUUGUUUUUUUGUUUUGUUUAUUUUUUGUUUUUUACCCCCUUUCAACCUUCAUUCACAUGCUGUAAAAAAGAAAAAAAGACCACAGUAUUGCAAAGAUCACCAACUUUUAUGUUCAGAAAAAUGCUCGUGUCAAAGAAGCAUGUUUUAACUACGAGCUCAGACCUUUUUUUAUUGAGAUAAGAAAAAAAACAUAAGUAAGGUGAACGCUUCUGACUCACGCCACUGGCUAGAGGUGCUAUUUCAGAAAAAGAAACAACGAUCCUGCAGGUGCCAGCGUACCUCAAAAAGUCGAUCUUUCUUCAUGUUUUUAUAUGCUUUUACAAUAGCAAUGAGAAGAACUACGGUCUGUGAAAUAUAUUCUUGCUUAUAUCUGACUGUUUCUUACCAAAUCAGUCACGUCAUUGUAUCAGCAGUUACGGAAAAAUAUAUAUUUUGCAUGUUAAUGGAACAGUUUAAAGUAAUUGGUCUGUGGUCUGCCAAAAAUGAAUAUCUGCAGACGAUGUUAAGCAAAUACAUGUCCACUUUUAGAGUCUUGAGAACUUAUUUUGUUACUCCUUUUCUCUCCUCUUUUUGAUGUUUUUAGAAUGGGGAGCUAUUAGUUUGUCGAUCCUCCUAAACACUGUUCUCUCAUUGUGAUUGGAAGCUCUCAAUGGAUGCCCGAUCAACUAAUAGCUCCGCUAGCUGUUCAUUUUGUUUGCUCAAUAAAGUUGCUAAACUAUCA